GGAGCCCCGCCGCCGCCGGCAUGGCCCCCGCCGCCGGCACGACCCCCGCCGCGCUGCCGCCGCCGCCGCCGCCGCCGCUGCUGCUGCUGCUGCUGCUGCUGCUGCUCGCGGGGCGGCCGCUGCUCGCGGGGCCGGGGCAGGGCGCGGGCACCUGGGCGCGCUUCGCCCGCCUGCCCUACCCGGAGGACCAGCUCUUCCUGCACGACACCUUCCCCGAGGGCUUCCUCUGGGGCGCCGGCAGCGCCGCGUACCAGACCGAGGGCGGCUGGCGGCAGGGCGGCAAGGGCGCCUCCGUCUGGGACACCUUCGCCCACCGCCCGGCCGCGCCGCCGGGGCCCCGGCCGCCCCCAGCCCCGCAGCCCGCCGGCGGCGACGUGGCCAGCGACAGCUACAACAACGUGUUCCGCGACGCCGAGGGGCUGCGGCGCCUGGGGGUCUCCCACUACCGCUUCUCGCUGGCCUGGGCCCGCCUGCUGCCCAACGGCACGGCGCCCCUCAACCCCGCCGGGCUGGCCUACUACGGCCGGCUGCUGGGCCGCCUGCGGGAGCUGGGCGUGGAGCCCGUGGUCACCCUCUACCACUGGGACCUGCCGCAGCGCCUGCAGGAUGCCUACGGCGGCUGGGCCAGCCCCGCGCUGCCCGCGCUCUUCCGCGACUACGCCGAGCUCUGCUUCCGCCACUUCGGCGGGCAGGUGCGCUACUGGCUCACCAUGGACAACCCCUACGUGGUGGCCUGGCACGGCUACGGCACGGGGCGGCUGCCGCCGGGCGUGCGGGGCGGCCCGCGGCUGGGCUACCGGGCGGCGCACCACCUGCUGCAGGCCCAUGCUAAAGUCUGGCAUCUCUACAAUGAUCAUUUUCGUCCAACUCAAAGAGGAAAAGUGUCCAUUGCCCUUAGCUCCCACUGGAUAAAACCUCAAAAUAUGACUGAAAAAAAUAUAAAAGAAUGUCAAAAAUCCCUUGAUUUUGUGCUUGGAUGGUUUGCUAAGCCCAUAUUUAUUGAUGGUGACUAUCCAGAGAGCAUGAGGAGUAACCUCUCAUCUCUGCUGCCUGAAUUCAGUGAAGCUGAGAAGAAGUACAUCAAGGGAACAGCUGACUUUUUUGCUCUUUCUUUUGGAGCAACCCUGAGUUUCCAGCUCUUGGACUCUCACAUGAAAUUCCAGCAGUUGGAAUCAAUAAGCCUGAGACAGCUUCUUUACUGGAUAAGCAGUGAAUAUAACAACCCCAAAAUAUUCAUUGUGGAAAACAGCUGGUUUGUUUCUGGUAGCACCAAGAGAGAUGAUGCCAAAUAUAUUUAUUAUCUCAAAAAGUUCAUUAUGGAAACUUUAAAAGCCAUCCGGUACGAUGGAGUUAAUGUGUUUGGAUACACAGUGUGGUCCCUCCUGGAUGGCUUUGAAUGGCACAGAGGAUACAGCAUUCGACGUGGAUUGUUUUAUGUUGAUUUUCAAAGCCAUGACAAGAAGCUGAUGCCAAAAUCUUCCGUCUUGUUCUAUCAAAAGUUGAUAGAGAAAAAUGGCUUCCCACCUUUGCCUGAAAACCAGCCCAUAGAAGGGGUCUUUCCCUGUGGCUUUGCUUGGGGAAUUGUUGACAACUACAUCCAGGUAGACACGACACCCUCCCAGUUUCUUGACCCUAAUGUUUAUGUGUGGGAUGUUCACCAGACGAAGCAGCUUAUUAAAGUGAAUGGGGUUUUUACCUCCAAACGCAAGCGGCACUGCGUUGACUUUGCUACUAUCAGGCUCCAGAUCUCUCUUCUGCAGGAAAUGCAAGUCACACACUUCCAUUUUUCACUAAAAUGGUCUUUAAUUCUUCCUUUAGGUAACCUUUCUCUAAUCAACCACACGCUUGUACAUUAUUAUCAGUGUUUCGUUAGUGAACUUCUCAGAGUUAACAUAACUCCUGUUGUUGCGUUAUGGCAACCCAUGGCUGAGAAUCAAGAGCUUCCAGUUUCACUCGCCAAAUAUGGAGCUUGGGAAAACCCAGAAACUGUUCAGGCCUUUGUUGAAUAUGCCAAACUCUGUUUUACAAAUCUUGGGGACCAUGUGAAAUUUUGGAUCACAAUGAAUGAACCCUCUGUGAAGAACUUGACAUAUACUGCAGGGCACAAUCUGUUGAAAGCCCACGCAAAAGCAUGGCAUCUUUAUGACAAAGAAUUCAGAAGAUCUCAGAAAGGGAAAAUUUCUAUAGCUCUGCAAGCCGACUGGGUAGAACCAGCUUGUCCCUUUUCCAAAAAGGACCAAGAAGUUGCUGACAGAAUUUUAGAAUUUGACAUUGGCUGGCUUGCAGAGCCCAUCUUUGGGAGUGGUGACUACCCACACAUGAUGAGAGGAUGGCUUCACCAAAGAAACAGUGUUGAUUUGUAUAAUUUCCACUUGCCUUAUUUCUCAGAAGAAGAAAAGAAGUUAAUCCAAGGCUCAUUUGAUUUUUUUGCGUUAAGUCACUACACUACUACCCUUGUGGGCUGGGAGAAAGAAGAUGCACUAAAAUAUGAUCACUAUCUUGAAGUUCAAAUGAUCAAUGACAUCACAUGGCUGCACUCUCCUGGACGAGCUGCAGUGGUGCCCUGGGGAUUACGUAAAUUGCUCAAGUGGGUUAAAUCGAAGUAUGGCAAUGUCCCAAUAUAUAUUAUGGCUAAUGGAAUUGAUGACGAUCAGAAUAUGGUGCAUGAUAAGCUCAGAGUAUAUUACAUACAGAAUUAUAUCAAUGAAGCUUUAAAAGCUUACACCUUGGAUAAUGUUAACCUACAAGGAUAUUUUGUCUAUUCUUUUAAUGACAAGACUGCUCCUAAAUAUGGUCUCUACAGUUAUGUUGCAAAUCGAUAUGAACCAAAGCCUUCUAUGAAACGUUACAGAGAAAUAAUUGACAAUAAUGGUUUUCCUAGACCUGAAACUCCUGAGGUACUGUGCCCUGAAGAGAUUGUCUCAUGUCCUGAAUGUCACUUCUUCCGAACGAGAAAAUCAUUAUUAGCCUUUAUAGCUUUCAUAUUUGUUGCUUUUAUUGUUACUGUAUUCCUCAUCAGUUACUAUUCCAGGAGGGUAGAAAGACGGUAUAAAUAGAGCUGUCCCUCUCUAUGUAUCACUACCCUUUUACUUGCAUCCCCUUGGAUAAUCUGAAAUAAAGAACACAACGUUGUGAUUGCUUCAGCACUAGGAAGUCAUUUAUGCUGCUUGGUACUGCAGGACAUGGACACUGAAAAGAAGAUUGUUAGCAUAUGGCCUACAGAAGUUGUUUUCUGCGGUUUAGUACAUUUGGUUUGUGACAAGUCCGUAAUUCCUGUGGUUGGAGUUAUCUCACAACUUUCCUUGGGAUCUUCUGUUUAGCAGAUGCUUUUCCCUCAUUGGUUUUCCCUCACUGACUUUGAUAGAUGCAUUUUUUGAAGACCUGGAAUGACAGAAAAGCCUGGAUGUCAAAUUCCCAGAGAAAAGAUUGGGAAGAAACAAAAUGAUUUAUUUUUCCAAAUUAGGGGUGAGUCCCGAUGUUAGGUGAUCAGAGUCAACACCAGAUGACUAGGGAAUGGGACUGCAUGGAGAUUAAGCAGAAGUACGUGGCAUGCCGAAUGAGGAAGGGACAGCUCCGCCGCUCGAGCAGGUCUGGGGUGAAGAGUGAGGGACUCCGGUCUCUGUGCUGCUGGCGACUCUGAGUAAACCCAUUAACUAUGAAUUAGGUUGCUGAUUCCCCGCCACCUUCAUAUUGUUGCUGCUGCACCAUGGAUUUUUUACAUGCGAUCCGUUCUUCCGAGUGCAACACAGCGCUGCCUGCUCCGUCUGACCAAGGGUGUCGCCGGCAACCUCAGCGUGGGCAGCUCUGCCCUCCUUGGGGCAGGAGAUGCCGAGGGAUGGCAGAAAGCAUGCCGGCUAUGGGGAAGAGACAGGAAGGAUGGAAGUUUCUUUGUUUGAUCUGUUCAGUAAAAAAGCAGAGAGCAGAGCCUGUCAUGUCUUUGCUGUCUCAGAUGUCAGGGAACUGUGGACCUGAGUGCACGAACAGAGCUGAGCGGGGACGCCCUGUCCUCCAUGUGCUCCUUGCAGCAGCAAAUACCCACAGCUGGAACUGAGCUGCUGCCUAGCUGCUUGUGUGCUGGCGACUUGCACAUAGUUCAGGAAGAGAGUCUUUGCACGUAAGUAACAUUGAGUGUGGAGACUUUAAAUCCCAACAUAAUAAUCCAGCGCUCUACGCUGCUUUGCCAAGGUAUGAGAUCUUGGAACUGUUGCUUCUGAAACAUGCUGUUCAUUUUCUGUGACCCGUUUCCAAGUUCUGCUCGAGGGUCUACUCUAAGAAACUGGAUCUGGCCCUGGCAGCACUUGAUUCACAAAGUAUUACUGAACAUUUGUAGGCCUCUCGUUUUACUGCAGCAAAAUAAAUUAGCAAAAUAUUAGCAACAUUGUUGCUAAUAGAAAUAGAAAUGAGACUAGAAUAAAACCCUGCGUUAUUUUCCCUGUCUUGUGAAUCACUGCAUUAGGAGUGUCCACUGUAUAAAGCAGUGUGGUCAUUUUUCUCCACUCUCUGUUUGUAGGCCUGCAUUGCCUUCAGCUGUAAUUGUGUUUUUAUUGCCAUGUGAAUAACGUCAGUCACUGGAAAGAAUUUUUUAAAGCAAAUAUGCUCUAUGUCAAUUAAGAAUUAUUUAUCUACCAAAGCAGAUGUAUUAAAUGUGAUGUUUAUCUACCAGAUGACUAGGAGAUGACUAAAUGAUCUCCUAAGGUUCUUUCCGACCUGAAUGAUUCUACAGUUCAGUGAUUCGAUGCUGUAAAUUAAAAUUUACAUAUGAAAUGUGAUUUUCAUUUAUAAUUUAGAUUAUAUUUAUUGUUAAGUAAACUAUAAAAAUAGAAAAGAAUUAGUAUCUUAUCAUAAUGAUUAAUAUAUUUAUGCUUUAGUUCCAGAUUUAAAAUGCCUCUCUUUGCACUAAUGUAUAUUUUGCUAUCAAGAUUAAGGUGAAAAAUUCAGGGUAAGUGAUUAAGUAUUAAAAAGUAUAUAAAAAUUAUAUAUAACCUGAUAGGAUUUGCUGAAGAAGAGCAAAUUUUAAACUGCUGUUUAUUUAUGUAUUACUGCCUGGUGCAGUGUGGAUUACAAAGAAAUAGCUCUCCCUAAAUACAUGAAAUGCCAAAUGGCUUUCUCCACGUCGCAGCAGUGAAUCACCUUGCAGUGCAUUUAUUUCAUUGUGUCGGAUGCCAUCACAAUACAUAACAAAAAAUGACAUUUAUUUAAUGUAAACUUUGGCCAGGUCAUAUAUAACUGUUUCCAUUACUUUAUUUUGCCAUUGGUAGAAUAAUAGGUCUGGGCUUGAUCCUUUUGAAGAGCUGAGCGUACGUGUCUCUCCUUGGUUUUGCCGGGUUCAGUGGGCCUGGGCUGAACCUCCUGCAUGGCAAGUCCAGGACAAUAUGGGGGCCAUCCUGACGGUCACCGAAAGUGUGCCUGGGUCAUGCUGACACUUUAUUAACAAUUAAUCAUCCAGCAAGUUACUGUCUUGUGCUGUUUAACAGGCCAGUCACAGAACAGCGUGUGAAUCCAGCAGUCCUAGCAAGGAAGAGCUACUGCAGGCUCUUCCGACACACAGGCUGGGUGAUAUGUAACCACCGACAGGCAGAUGGCACCAGCUGGAUAUCUAAUUUGUAGAUAAAUUGGGAUUUGUUACUAUAAAGCUGUAUUAUCACAUACAGUAAUGGUGUUGUGGCCCAUAGAAAUAACACAGCUGCUGGUGUUCUUCCCUUCAGAGGAGUUUUUAAAUGUCACUGCAGAACAGUAACCGCCUGGAUUUGGGUACAAUAAUUUGCCAAAGCAAUCUGCUUACAACAUUGUACGUGCAAAGCAACAUAUAACUUGCAGUGAAUGAAUUCUACAAUGAUGGGCCAGGCAAAAUACAGGCCGCUCUGAUGGAGGUAAUGGUGUGGUUUUGCCUCAGGAAUCUACUUGAUUGUAUGUAAUCAGGGUCCAGCAUGACUUUCUUGUCGAUUUUCUUAGGAAAAAAACAUCCCACUACUAACAAGAAAAAUGCCCUUGAAUAGGCAGAGAUUGGGUACCUGUCCAAAGCGCACUGUGGUGUGCUCGUGCAAACUGAUUCGCUAAUCACCUCCUGUAACGAGGACGCGUGCCACGGGGCAUUUCUUCCCUGCGAUACCUAUCUGUGAGUGA